AUGACCAAUGCUGAAUCUACCACACUUAAGGACUGGCUCAGGGACAAACUCAAGGCUGGGAAGAUCCGUCCCAGCAAAUUGUCUAUCAGCUCCCCUGUCAUGUUUGUGCCCAAAAAGGAUGGAUCCUGCUGCCUUGUAGUAGACUACCGCCGCCUAAACAACCGGACCAAGAAAAAUGUGUGCCUGUUACCCUGUCCAGACAACCUCAUGGCCCAGCUCCGUGGUGCCAAGGUCUUCACCAAGUUAGACCUAAGAUGGGGCUACAACAACGUCUGUGUUAAGGAGGGUGACAAAUGGAAAACUGUGUUCCGCACCAAGUAUGGCCUGUACGAAUCCCUUGUCAUGACCUUUGGCCUGACCAACGCCCCUGCCUCAUUCCAACAUUUCAUGAACAAUCUGUUCAAGGAUCUAUUGGAUGUAUGCGUCAUCAUCUACCUUGAUGACAUCUUGAUUUACUCAAAGGAUGACGCAUCCCACACACAGCAUGUCCAUGAGGUUCUGCGGCACUUAUUAGAAAACCAACUGUUCUGCAAAGCCUCAAAAUGUAUGUUCCACGUCACCUCCGUUGAAUACUUGGGAAUCAUUGUAUUGGAUAAAGGAUUUAGCCUGGAUAAGCUCAAAAUCCAGGCAGUACAAGAGUGGCCAACUCCUACCAAGGUUAAAGAAGUCCAGUCUUUCCUUGGGUUUGCCAACUUCCUUUGCCAAUUUGUUGCCAACUUUAGUCACCUGGCCAGACCACUACAUAAUCUGGUCAAGAAGGAUACAACAUGGAAUUGGGGAUCCAAGGAACAAGAGGCUUUUCAGAACCUGAAGGACGCAAUCACUAACGCACUGGUACUCUGUCACGCAGACCCUACCAAACCGUAUUUCUUGGAAAUGGAUGCUUCUGGCGCAGCCCUAGGAUCUAUACUCAGUCAACAGCAGGAGGAUGGACGCCUCCACCCUCUUGGCUUCCUAUCUGAGUCAUUCAAAGGUGCUGAACAAAACUACAAUACACAUGACAAGGAGCUCUUAGCAAUCAUCCGCUCCUUUGAGUAUUGGCGCAUCUUCCUGGAAGGGACCCUUCACCCAAUCACGGUCUUCACCAAUCACCGGAACUUGGAAUAUUGGAAGGAAUCCCAAACGUUCAACCGCUGCCAUGCCAGAUGGCACCUACUACUAGCCGGCUAUAACUUCCAGAUUGUGUACAGGCCCGGAAAACAAUCAGGAAAGCCAGAUGCCUUGUCACAACAAGCGGAUCAUGCGGAUGUCCCACCAGAACCCCAGUCCAUGUUACCAGACCCGGUGUUUGCCAAUAUUGCCUUGGUCACCCCAGAGAAGGAACUGCAACAACAGAUUGAGUUAUCCCUAGAUCAAGACAAGUCCCUGGAGGAAAUCCUCCAAUUCCUGCAGAACAAGUCCAAAGCGCCCCCUUCCAUCAAACGCGCGUUUAAGGAUUGA